UCGAUUUCAUGUGAUUAAUCGAUUACUCUAACGUCUGAAAUGCUAUGUAAAUAGUUUUUUUUUUUUGCUUAGAGUUUGCUAGUUUUUUUAUAGCAGCCAGUGUUUUACGAUUUUUUUUGUCGUAAUGCUACGUGUAUUUCACCUGCCAGUGUAAAUUUUCUUACCAGCCAGUGUUUUGUAAACGUAUUUAGUGAAAAAGUAUUUAUUUAAAAUAUAAAAUUAUAUUUUUGCCAGCUAUUAAAUUAUCAGUAGUAGUUGACUUUAUCACAUUGUGGAACAAUGAAUGAUAUUGCUUUUAUUGAAUAGCUUUGAACAAUAAAAGAUUCGACAGUUGUAAUUAUUCUGUGUAAUAUAUUUUUUUAUCUUUAAAUCAUGUUAUUUAUCAAUCAGUCGUAGAUAUUCCGACGCGUUACUUUGCGCUAUUUUAAAAAAAAAACAAAAGAGUUUUUAGUGUAUGUUUUUUUGUGGAAAUAUGAAUAAAUCUCAAGUGGAUUUUACACAAUGGGAGUCAAUUUGGAAGGUUCUUAUUUUAAGAAGCGUAUCCCGUUCCCCGUCACCAUCGCUGCGCCAUACAGAGAGCAGUUCAGAACUCGUCGAUGACAAGUCAAGUGACAUCUACAUCCAGGGGUCGGGGGACGCGCAGCCAGUGUCCGUAGAAGCACCACUCGCGAAGUCUGAUAGCAAUAAGACAAUAUCUCAAACGCCGGUGGUGCUGCGCGGCGGUGCUGAUGCUGGAUCUCGCACCAAGAAGAAGAGUUGGUACAACGCGCUAUAUCCAACAUAUAAGAGCAAAUCUGAAGACUUCAAGAGACUGUUCAAAGAUCUACCUGAUGAGGAGAGGCUUAUUGUUGAUUACUCAUGCGCGCUGCAGAAGGACAUCCUGGUGCACGGGCGGCUGUACGCCUCGCAGAACUUCCUCUGCUUCUACGCCAGCAUCUUCGGCUGGGAGACCAGCAUGACGCUGCGCUGGAAGGACGUCACCGCCAUCACCAAGGAGAAGACCGCACUGGUAAUACCUAACGCGAUCCUGGUGUGCACCGAGAGCGAGAAGAAUUUCCUGACAUCAUUCUCUGGUCGCGACAAGGCGUACCUGAUGCUGUUCCGCAUCUGGCAGAACGCGCUCAUGGACCAGCCCAUGUCCAGCCACGAGAUCUGGCAGUGGGUACAUUCUUGCUACGGCGAGGAGUUAGGCUUCAACUCUGAGGACGAGGGAUAUCCUCGGGACGCGCGGGACGUUCCUGACGACUCCUCGACCACGCAACUGGACCCUCACGAGGAGCAGGUGGAGCCGUCUAUGGAAGGUGGAGGGGGAGGCGCGCGGGCGCGGGACUUGUCGCCGCUUAGAGUGAUCAACGGGUCGGUGGCGCUGCGGGACGAGGAGGCGGGGGACACGCUGCCCACAGACAUGUCCGACACCACCGACAGCGAGCCCGACAAACAUCGCAAUUGCGGUGAAACGGAGAAAUGCACGGCGUCGCACGAGGGCAAGACGCUGCUGAGUCAGCAGUUCCCCUUCAACAUCGAUCAGCUCUUCACCAUGAUGUUCACCAAUUCGCAGUUCAACUUGGAGCUGCUGACGGCGCGCGACAGCACCGACUACACGCAGGAGCCGUGGCAGACGCAGGGCACGCGCAAGGCGCGCCGCGUCAGCUACACCCUCAGCCUCUCCUCGGGACUCGUUGGUCCAAAGAAGGUCCGCGUUAACGAGACACAGGUGAUGAAUAAAUGCUCGAAGCCGGGCGCGCUGUACUCGAUAGACGCGACGAGCGAGAACUCGGGCAUCCCGUACGCGGACUACUUCACUGUGGAGGUGCACUACUGCCUGCGGCGCGCGGAGUGCGGCGCGCACCUCGCAGUGCUGGCGCGCGUCCGCUACAGGAAGACCAUGUGGCCUAUGGUCAAAUCGCUGCUGGAGAACAACACGAUGUCCGGUCUGGAGGAGUACGCGCGGCUGCUGGCGGCGAGGCUGACGGCCGCGCAGCCCGCCGCGCCGCGCCACCCGCGCCACCCGCGACACCCGCGCCGCAGGCACCUCGCGGCGGUAAGCCAGGAGCCAGCGGCGCUACCACUGGCAGUGCGGGGCGUGCUGGGCGCGCGGUCCAGCACGACAGCGAGCGGCUCGCGCUGGCUUCCAUUGCUGGUGCUGGCAUUACUACUCCUCAACGCACUACUGUACUGGCGUCUCACCACCUUACACAAUAACACCUUCGAUGCUGAAGACCUGCAGGCCAGGAUGCGUUCAGUGAGCGGGUCCCAGAUGGCGGACUGGUCGCGGCUGCUCCAGCAGCACACGUCACGCCAGCGCACUGAGCUGCUGGCUUGGCGGGACGCACUGGUGCGCACAGUGGCGCACCUCGCACAGACGGAGCAGGAGUUAAGAAAACUAUUGGAUACGAUAAAACCUUCGUUGGAGAAGGCGCAUGCGGAGGCGGACGCAGUGCCACCGGACGGAGAGCUCUGAACUCGCAGUGGAUGUACCGCGGGAGAGGUCUCAGUAGCUGGUGCAACGCCGUGUCAAACACUAUGCAAGGUAACAAAGAUAAAGUACAUACGUUUUGAACGUUACGUCUCUGAUGUUAUUGACUAUGACAUUUUGCAAUUUUUUUAAUCUGUAUUUUUUGUAUUAAGGAAAAAUCUAUUAAUAUUUUUGGUUAUGAACUCUGGAAAUCCUAAAAAAGGAAUCUCUGUUUUUUGUUUUUUUUUUUUUAAUUUGUACCCAUGAUUAGGUAUUUGUUGCGUUUCUGUCACAAAAUUUAUGAAAUAUUUGUAUUUUUUUUUAAUUUCAAUAAUGCAGUGUUAUUUUUAAGUUAUUUGUUUAAAAAUACGUAGAUAACGUAAAUAGAUAUAUUCUUGUUAAUAGUUUAAUGAAAAAUUUAAAUUUUAACUAACGUUUGGAUAAAUAAAAAACGUUAGAGAAAUGUCAAUACAAACAAUCAUUGCCAAAUUAUUUAAAAAUAUAUUGUUCAUAAUGAAAAAGUAAUAUUGACUGCUAAAACGCUUUUACCAUAAAAAGAUGGCUUUUUAAUUUGUCUAUUUUAACGCUUUUUUAAAU